AUGAGAAUCAAUGGCUAUUAUUGUAGGGUGUUCAUGCUCUUCACCUAUACUACGUUUCUAGUUCUAGAAUUUGUUACAAGGUGUAGUGCCAUUGAAGUUUACCAUGAAUGGCAUGUUUCUCUUGAUACAAAUGUUUCACCUUUGAAUGUGAAUCAAAGUGUUAUUGCUAUCAAUGAAAUGUUCCCUGGUCCCCUUAUUAAUGUCACAACCAAUGAUGUUGUCCAUGUCAAUGUCUUCAACAAUUUGGAUGAACCACUACUCUUCACUUGGCAUGGUAUACAACAAAGGCUUAACUCUUGGCAAGAUGGAGUUUCUGGAACAAAUUGCCCCAUUCUACCUCAUCAUAAUUGGACUUAUGUCUUUCAAACCAAAGAUCAAAUAGGUACCUUCUUCUACUACCCUUCUAUUCAAUUCCAAAAGGCCGCCGGGGGUUUCGGAGCGAUUCGAGUCAACAAUCGCGAUGUCAUUGCUGUGCCUUUCCCCAAACCGGAAGCCGAAUUUGAUCUUCUUAUAGGGGAUUGGUCUACUGAAGACUACAAGAUAAGUAAGUCGAUGAUGCGAAAUAAGGAUGUAAAUAGUUAUGCAGUUCCUAAAUUCAUUCUGAUGAAUGGAAAAGGUCCUUAUGGAAACAACUUGUCAAAGUCCUUUGAGUCCUUCACUGUCACACGAGGUAAGAGCUACAGGUUUAGAAUAUCAAAUGUGGGGAAUGCAUUGAGCUUGAAUCUCAGAAUUCAGAAUCAUGAAAUGCUACUAGUUGAGACAGAAGGCUCUUAUACCAACCAAAUCCUAUUGGAUUCUCUUGAUGUGCAUAUUGGCCAGUCCUACUCUGUUAUUGUGAAGACGAAUCAAAGCGAAGCUGAUUAUUAUAUCGUCGCCAGUCCAAAAUUAACCAACACAAAUGAUUCUAGCGACCUUCUAGGUAUAGGAGUGCUUCACUACUCAAAUUCUACCAGAGGUGUUACUGGACCUCUGCCAACUGGACCAGACCCUUUUGAUGUUGAAUUUUCACGAAAUCAAGCCAGAUCCAUUAGGUGGAAUUUGACCGCGGGAGCAGCAAGGCCUAAUCCACAAGGAAGCUUCAAUGUUAGCAAUGUAACUCUGUCACACACCUUCAUUCUUCUAGGUUCCCUGGAAGAAAUAAGCGGCCUACCGCUCUAUGCCGUCAAUAAUGUCUCUUAUUACACCAUUGGCACGCCGUUGAAACUCGCCGACCACUUUGUAAACGGCAGCGGCGUAUAUCAACUCGACGCGUUUCCUCAUGACUCUGUCAAUGCUAAUGCUUCAUAUGGAAUUUCAGUUGUUUCUGGUAAACACAAAGGAUGGGCAGAAUUUGUCUUCAAAAAUAAGAUGAAUGUCAUGGAUACUUGGCAUUUGGAUGGUUUUGGUUUCUUUCUUGUGGGGUUUGGAGAUGGAGACUGGACCCCGGCCUCACGUGAUACUUACAACCUUGUUGAUCCGGUAGUUAGGUCCACCGUCCAAGUUUACCCCGGAGGAUGGACGGCGGUUUACGCCUUCCUCGACAAUCCCGGAAUGUGGAACUUGAGGUCACAAGUUUUGAAACGAUGGUACUUAGGCCAAGAACUAUACAUUAGAGUUUUUGAUGCUGAUCCUGACCCUGCUAAGGAGAGACCACCACCAGAAAACCUUCUUUUAUGUGGUUAG